AAUAUCCUUUUAAAAAAAAUAUAAUGGCAGAAUAAGAAUCUGUAGCUACAGUAAAAUUUGCAAAUCAACCAAAAUUAUUUGGAAAAUGGGAUUAUGAUGAAGUUUAAGUAACAGAUUAAUGCUUCAAAGAUUAUAUAGCAGUUCAAACAUCAAAAUCUCGAGUAUUUGUGCCUCACACAGCUGGAAGGUAUAGAGAUUGAAAUAAAUGUUUAUAGAUAUCAAAGAAAGAAGUUUAGAAAGGCUUAAUGUCCAAUAGUAGAGAGAUUAGCUGGUGCAUUAAUGUUUCAUGGCAGAAAUACAGGUAAGAAAGUAAAGGCUGUGGCAAUAAUAAGACAUGCAUUUGAAAUAGUACAUUUAUUGACAGGUAAAAAUCCACUUGCAGUAUUGUCAUUGGCAGUAUAAAGAGGUGGAGCAAGAGAAGAUUUUACAAAAGUAGGAACAGGUGGUGUUGCUAAAUAAUAAGCAGUUGAUGUAGCUCCAAUUAGAAGAGUUAAUGAAGUAUAUAUAAUAUUUUAAUAAAAAUAAAAAGGCUGUUCAUAAUUUAGCUAAAGGUGUUAGAGAAUCUGUAUUUAAGAAGAUGAAAACAAUAGCUGAAGCCUUAGCUGAUGAAUUGAUAGCAGCAGCUAAUGAGGAUGGAUAAAAGUCAUAUACAAUUAAAAAGAGAGAUGAAUUAGAGAAAGUUGCUAAAACCAAUCGUUGAUUUAGAUUCAUUAAUUAUAGUACAAUACAAAUAAAAG